AUGGUGGGAACUUGGGCAUGGGAGGAUCUUUGGAAACAUGAUAAUUGGCAUGACGAGGUUAUACUUCCUGCGUACAAGGCGCAUGAUGAGAGAGCUCGCAUGCGUCAGGAGAGCGGCAGAAGGGUUAAUGUGUUGGAGUUUGGUGAAAUGUGGUCAACUAAGUUUAUUACGAAUAGUGGAAGCAUGUGGCUAAUUUUUGCAGUGCUUGAUGAGUCUUCUCCACCUGAAGAAUUAGAAAAUGUUGAUCGGAGCGUGUCCAGACGUCUUGAUGAGUCUUCCUCGCCUGGAGAAUUAGGCGAUACAGAUGAGAGUGGAUCCAGCGAGGAGGAACCCUGGUAUGAAUCUGAUUGGGAUUCGGAUGAUGAUUAUGAAGAAGUCGAACAGGACAGAUCACCUGCUACAAGUGAGGUCGAGGGGGAUAGGUAG